UUGCGGUGGGGGGACCUGUGGCCAACCCUGGUCCCUGUGGGAGGGGAUUGUGGCCACCCUCCUCUCAUAUCAGAGGGAAGGGACCCGAAACCACCUCUGCUGCUGGUCCCCCUGGGAGCAGACCUGUGGCCACCCCAGGAUCCUAUGGGAGCAGACGCACGGCCACCCUGGGACCUCAUGGGAGUCCAUCCAGGGUCUCUUCUGGUUCCCAACGGGAGGUGACCCGAGGAAGCCCUGGAGCUGGUCCCCAUGGAGGGGCCCCGCGCCCUGCACCACCACCUCCCUCAGACAUCCCCGGGCACGCGCCCCCUCGCCUCCUCGCGCGUCCAGGACCCCGGCCCCGGAACCGGCGAGCGUGGGCGCGGCCUGGGGAGCGGCGGGCUCACUCAGGGAGCCCGGACGCCCGCCGCCCCUGCGCCCCAGUCCGCGUCCCCGCUCCGCCCCGGGCCCAGGCGCGGCAGGGCGGUGAAUGGCCGGGCGGCGGCGGCGGCGGCGGCGGCAUGCGGCUCCUGUUCUUGGCGGUGCUGCGGCGGCACACUGGCAACGCCGUCACGGCCCAGCGCAUCCGGGACCAUCUAGAAGCUACAGGCCACGUGUGUAUUCUGAAAGAUGCCUUUGACUUUGGAAGUCCAUCUGAAAUCGCAAACUUCAUCAAGGCUGAGAACCUUGAGGCGGCCGUGGCUCUUCAUCUCUAUAGAGGAGGCCGACUUGUGCAAGGUCAUGGAAUUCCUUUUGGAAUCAUCUUUGGUGGAACUGAUUUAAAUGAAGAUGUUAACCACGGAGAAAAAAACAAAGUGAUGGGAAAAGUCCUUGAAGAAGCCAGAUUUGCUGUUGCUUUCACGGAGUCCAUGAAGGAAAUGGCACAAACGCAGUGGCCACACGCUAGGGGUAAGAUCUAUGUCCAGAAUCAAGGAAUUGCAACCGUGCCGAACGCCACCUUUAAUUGGAACACCUUUCUUCAGCAUUCAGAGAUUAACCAAAGUGCUGACAGUCUACACGUGUUUCUCCUGAUCUGUGGACUCAGACAAGUGAAAGACCCUCUCUACUUGGUGGAGGCAUUCUCGGAAUGGCAUCAGGAAGAGCCCAACGUUUACAUGGUAAUCGUCGGUCCUGAAGUCGAUCCAGUGUUCACAAGGGAAGUCAAAGCCAAAGUCAAGAGGACUCCUGGAGUCCGAUUGAUUGGGGAGAUGGCCCAGGAAGAUCUCCACGCUGUUGUGAAGAACUGCUUUGCGGUGGUCAACAGCUCCGUGUCCGAAGGCAUGUCAGCCGCAAUCCUGGAGGCAAUGGAUUUGGAAGUCCCCGUGUUGGCGAGGAACAUCCCGGGGAACGCCGCAGUGGUGACGCACGAAGUUACAGGAUUGUUGUUUUCCGACCCUCAGGAGUUUGUUCGGCUGGCAAAGAGACUGGUCAGUGACCCUGCGUUGGAAAAGGAAAUAGUGGCCAAUGCAAGGGAGUAUGUGAGAGAGCAUCACUCAUGGCAGGUGGAGAGAAACACCUACAGGCACCUCAUCAGGACCCUGCAGAGAAGCAUUGAAGACUAAGGGCGCCCACCUGGUGCUGUCCUAUGUCCAGCCCUGGGUGCAUACCCAGGGGAUAGAGCUCUGGGCAGCGGGACCGUCCAGUACAAACCACUGGGAUGGCAGAUCUUCCAGUCCUAACAUAGUCCAUCCAACUUGUGCUUCCGGGUAACACCCCUGAUGUGUGCCCAGAUCCGCCCUUCUCCUGGAGAUGCAGAAGCUCGCUGACUCCCUGGGGGGUGGGGGCAGGAUAACUGGUUUUAGGGGCAAUCAGGAAGAGAGCUGCUUUAGGACUUCCUUGGGACAGUAAGGGCUUAUUUGUAAGGUGUCCCUGUGUAGGCAUCUCUCCCCUGUCCUGGGAUGACCUGGAACCCGUCACUGUCCAGAGAGCAAAAGCAAAAACAUGGCAGCCAAGAGAGGUCCUGGUAGCGAUUUUAACAUGAGACUGACUCUGCAGCAAAUCUGGGGCCCCAAAAGAUUCGGGAUGGGCCCCCAGGCUGGCUUCUGAAGCACUGGAUACAGCACUCUGCAUUGAGUCCUCCGAAUCCUCCAUCAGGUAACUCAAGGAGAGUAAGGAGUUCUCUAGAUAAGUAGGUGGAUCCCAUCCCGCAGAGGCUCCACCCACCUCCUGGUUGAACUUGGGUUGAGAACUGGUUGGAAGACGGCCUGGGAGAUACUGGAGCCAGCCCUGAGGGUCCGGCAUCAGAGAUCCAGCAUCGGGGACCCACGGGUGAAUGUCCACCUGGUCAUCAGCCUCCAGCCCAUCUCAAGACCCACACUCAGUCCUGCAACCUUAUCCAACAAGUGGGGGAGGGGUUGGAAUUUAACCAAGUGUCAGCAUCCCUGGGACAUCCUGGCUGCAGUGUGCAAGGUCCCCCAAACCCCGUGUUUGUUUUUCUGAGUGGCAGUAUUUGCUUCUGCUGGAUCCUGGAGUCUCUGCUUCCUGGUGGACUUUCCAUUCCAACAACUAGGGAUGAAAUGUUCUGAUUCUCUUUUGAGGUGGGAAGCUAGGGGGUCCAGAAGGAUGGGGCCCAGAGCCCACCGUGGGAAGUGUUUCCUUAAGGUGUGUUCUGAAGACCCCAGAGGCAGGAGGAGGGACCCAUGGCAGCUUUGCCACGGGCUUUGCAACAUUGGAUUUUUUAAAAUUUCCAGCCAUCCUUUUUUAAAAUACACAGCCAGACCUACAUCUUAUUUGUAAAAGAACAAACCUCAGAUUGUAAUAUUUUAAACUCUGAUGACUUAGGGACCCGGAACAGCACAUUUGUAGAUUCUGUUCCCGUCACUUCCUGUUCCGUUCUGCGCCUUCAUCUCAGAACACGGUCCCUUCCCAGAGGCAGUUCCCUGGAACCUGCAGAUGGUCUUCCGCCCAGGAUUCACAAUCCUGCUAAGAAUACCCCUCACUGUCUCCCACCCUCUAUUUUUAACAUCUGAGAGUCACCAAGGUCAGGGCUCCCCUGUGGCCACAGCGAGGAAAGGGAGGUAAAAGCCGUCCAAAUCCUGGGAGACAGCUCCGUCUAUCAGGAGUCAGCAUUGCCAACCUACGAAAAGGCCCAUGUUGGCCUGGGUACCAAGCAGUGAUGCUGCGGUUGAUAAAAUGCCCAUGGCUGGGGAAGCCCUGCUCUCUUCCUGGUUGAAUGACAUUGUACGUGCUCUGCCGUUCUCUACUUCAAUCUCAUUCAUUUAUGUCUUUAUGGAAACACACCCAGGCCGCCUGCCCUUUGGGGAAGGGCAUGUUUUUAAAUGAAUAAAGUGUCACCGUCCACGGUACAGAAAGAU